UAAGUGUUGCGUUGAAGAGUUAGAUCCAUCCGCUCCGCAGUUAAAACCCAACACGCCAGCCUCGUGCUUUUCACUUUACAAUUCACUCUCUCUCUCACUCUCUCCUCUUCUCUGUGCUGUCCUACAUUUCAAUUGAAAACCGAAGCCAAUUGAAAUUCAACAGUGCUCACUCUGAAACCUCCACAACAUUCUUCAUCAUCAUCAUCAUCAUCCAUUCAUCGUCAUGAUGAGAUGAGAUGAGAUGCGAUGAUGAGAUCUCCAAAAACCAAAUCCAAAUCUGAAAUCAGCUUAGCCCUCACUGUGAGGACGCAUGCAGCGGAGCUCCGGCGGUCUCCGAGGAUGAAUUCUGCUCCGGCCGCCGCCAAUGUGAGGAAAAGGAAGGGGAAGGUGGCGGAGAUUACAAUGUCGUCGGAGGGUAAGCCUUCCAGAUUCGCAGCAGCUUCUCGUGCUAUUGUUGUUCAGCUCAGGAACAGGUUCAACGAAGGUGAGUCUUCUUCUGCUCCUCUGAGGAUGAUGCAUGCAGAGGAGCUCCGGCGGUCUCCGAGGCUGAAUUCUGCUCUGGUCGACGCCAAUGUGAGGAAGAGGAAGGGGAAGGUGGCGGAGAUUACAAUGUCAGAGGGUAAGCCUUCCAGAUUCGCAACAGCUUCUCGUGAUAUUGUUGUUCAGCUCAGGAACACGUUCAACGAAGGUGAGUGUUCUUCUGCUCCUCCGAGGAUGACGCAUGCAGCGGAGCUCCGGCGGUCUCCGAGGCUGAUUUCCACUCCGGUCGUCGCCAAUGUGAGGAAAAGGAAGGGGAAGGUGGCAGAGAUGAAAAUGUCGGAGGGUAAGCCCUCCAGAUUCGCAACAGCUUCUCGUGGUAUUGUUGUCCAGCAUUCCGAAGUUGAUGCAAUCUCAGGAAACUCUUCUCCGAGAAAUGACGAUACAAAAUGCUUGCGAUGGUUUUCAGAGGCAAAUGAAACCACCCCGUCCUGGGUUGAAAAUGAGGGAACAAGAUCUGAUUACUUUUCCUUGUCUAAGUUAGAUGACAACCUACCAAUAAAGAAAUGCAAAACAUCUUCUGCUUUAACAGACAAAAGUAUGAAUAACAAAAACAUUUCUUCCUUCUUUGGUGAUCCAAUACCUGAUGAUGAAGCUCAGAAAAGAUGGGGGUGGCGUUACGAAUUGAAGGACAAAAAAUGUAAAAAUCAACAGUUCAAAAUAAAUGAGGAUGAAGAAGAUGAGAUAAUUGUAAAUGUCAAAUGCCAUUAUGCUCAAGCUAACAUUGGGAAUUGCAUUUUUACUCUUGGCGAUUGUGCAUUUAUUGAAGGUGAAGAUGGGCAAAAACAUGUUGGCAAGAUUGUUGAGUUUUUUCAAACAACUGAUAGCCAAAAUUAUUUCCGAGUCCAAUGGUUUUACAGAAUUCAAGAUACAGUCAUCCAAGAUGAAGGUGAUUUUCACGACAAGAGGCGUUUAUUCUAUUCAUCAAUAAUGAACGAUAACUUAAUAGAAUGCAUACUAGCAAAAGUCAAUGUUACACAUAUAAAACCUAGGGUUAAUAUGAAUUUGACUUCUAAUUCACCAUCUGACUUUUAUUAUGAUAUGGAAUACUGUGUGGAUUACUCAACAUUUCGCAACAUACCAACAGAUAAUCCUGCUAAUAUUACUGAGUUGUCAGCACCUGCUACCCAUGAGAGUCUCUCAACAGAAGCUUCUUCAAUAACCAAGAGUCCCCCCAGUUCUGAGUUGCACAAGACAGAAUUAGAAUUACUAGAUCUCUAUUCUGGCUGUGGUGGCAUGUCAACUGGACUUUGCUUUGGGGCCAAAACUUCGUCAGUUAACCUUGUUGCGAGAUGGGCUGUUGAUAGUGACAGGUCUGCAAGUGAAAGCUUGAGACUAAACCAUUCUGCUACAUAUGUUAGAAAUGAAUCUGCUGAGGACUUUCUGGAACUAGUGAAGGAGUGGGAAAAGCUAUGCAAACGGUAUAAUGUCAGUGGCGCACAAAGAAAACUUCCAUCACGGUCUAAUAGCUCAGCAGAAAAGAAACAAGUGAAUUCUCAGGCUCAUGAUACUGCUUCUGAUGAUGAAAUUGAAGUUUCUAGGUUAGUUGACAUAUGCUAUAGUGACCCAAAUGAGACAGGGAAACGUGGUCUAUAUUUCAAGGUGCGUUGGAAGGGUCACGGUGCAAGUGAAGAUUCAUGGGAACCAAUUGAAAACUUAAGAAAGUGUAAGGAAAGCAUCCAGGAUUUUGUGAGAAAAGGGGUGAAAUCAAAAAUAUUGCCUCGUCCUGGUGAGGUUGAUGUUAUUUGUGGGGGUCCUCCUUGUCAAGGAAUUAGUGGAUAUAAUCGCCAUAGAAACACUGCAUCACCACUGGAGGAUGAAAGAAAUCGUCAGAUUGUAGUUUUUAUGGACAUCGUGAAACUUUUGAAGCCUAAGUAUGUUUUAAUGGAGAAUGUGGUUGACAUAUUAAAAUUUGACAAGGGUUCACUUGGACGGUAUGCAUUAAGCCGUUUAGUACAUAUGAAGUACCAAGCAAGACUGGGAAUACUCGCUGCUGGGUGUUUUGGUCUACCACAAUUUCGAUUGCGUGUUUUCGUGUGGGGUGCUCACCCUAGUGAGGUUCUACCUCAAUUUCCAUUGCCAACACAUGAUGUUAUUGUUAAAUACUGGCCUCCACUGGAGUUUGAGCGAAAUGUUGUUGCUUAUGACGAGGAUCAACCUCGUGAAGUAGAGAAAGCUAUUGUUAUUCAAGAUGCCAUCUCUGAUCUUCCUGCUGUCACAAACUUUGAAACUCGGGACCAAAUGUCAUAUUGUAAUCCUCCGGAAACAGAAUUUCAAAGAUAUAUACGGUCAACAGAAUAUGAAAUGACUGGGUCAACAUUGAAUGAAACAUCAGAGAAAAUACCUUUACUAUAUGAUCACAGGCCCUGCUUGUUGUUUGAAGAUGAUUACCUACGUGUUUGUCAAAUUCCAAAACAAAAGGGAGCGAACUUCCGUGAUCUGCCUGGUGUAGUUGUAGGAGCUGACAAUGUGGUUAGGCGACAUCCAACAGAGAAUCCUGUGCUACCAUCUGGAAAGCCAUUGGUCCCAGAUUACGCCUUAACAUUUGAGCAGGGGAAGUCUAAGAGGCCAUUUGCACGGCUGUGGUGGGAUGAAACAGUUCCUACUGCAUUAACCACCCCAAGUUGUCAUCACCAGGCAAUACUACAUCCAGUGCAGGAUCGUGUCCUCACUGUACGAGAAUUUGCAAGGCUGCAAGGGUUUCCUGAUUACUAUAGAUUUAGUGGGACAGUGAAAGAGAGGUACUGUCAAAUUGGAAAUGCAGUUGCUGUUUCUGUUUCCCGGGCUUUAGGUCAUUCCCUAGGAAUUGCAUAUAGAAAGCUCAGUGGAAAUGAGCCACUAAUGACCCUCCCGCCCAAGUUCUCUCUCUCUAAUUAUCAUCAGUUAUCAAAUGAUCAUCUUGGCCAGAAUUUGGAUCCUCUGGAGCAAGAGACCGGAGGGAAUCUGAAUUCGAAUGGAGCUGACUAGCAUUCAUCCUAUUAUUUUCCAUUGAUUUCAUGAUAAGCGGCAUUGAUAUUGAACUCCUUGCUGAGCAAUUUUGGCAUUGAGUAAACAUUCAUCAUCAACUGAAUCGAGAUGAAUGUACAAUCUCAUUUAUUUGCACAGCUGAGCUCCUGUGCAACUUGAUAACUAUAUUUAAGAUGUAACUUUAGAUGUUGUCUUGUGAUAUGCUUGCUUUCCCAGUGGAAAUGAAAAUUCUUUCCCUGCCCAUUUCAUGCAAGUAGACACUUUAUGUGAAAUAUGACAUGAAUGAUGUGAAAAAUCCCAUUUACCUUGGGAGGCGGCAAUAAUUUAUCUUCGUUUCGAUAA